AUGUCAUCUUCUUCACAAUUUAAGCAGUUAGAAAAGCUUGGUAACGGUACGUAUGCUACGGUGUACAAGGGGUUGAACAAGACCACGGGGGUGUACGUUGCGCUGAAAGAGGUAAAAUUGGACUCGGAGGAGGGUACACCUUCUACAGCCAUUCGUGAAAUUUCCCUGAUGAAAGAAUUGAAGCAUGAAAACAUCGUUAGACUUUAUGAUGUUAUCCACACAGAGAACAAGUUGACCUUGGUUUUUGAAUUCAUGGACAAUGAUUUGAAAAAAUACAUGGAUUCCCGCACCGUAGGUAAUACGCCACGAGGGCUUGAAUUAAACUUGGUCAAAUACUUCCAGUGGCAAUUGCUGCAAGGACUAGCAUUCUGCCACGAAAGCAAGAUCCUACACCGGGAUUUGAAGCCUCAAAACCUGUUAAUCAACAAGAAGGGACAACUAAAACUGGGAGAUUUCGGUCUUGCCCGUGCGUUUGGUAUCCCGGUAAACACGUUUUCUAGCGAAGUCGUCACAUUGUGGUACCGUGCUCCGGACGUGCUAAUGGGAUCCAGGACGUACUCCACAUCAAUCGACAUAUGGUCUUGUGGGUGUAUCCUUGCGGAAAUGAUAACGGGUAAGCCGCUGUUCCCAGGCACCAAUGACGAAGAGCAACUGAAAUUGAUCUUCGACAUAAUGGGCACUCCCAACGAGUCCCUGUGGCCUGGCGUAACAAAGUUGCCCAAAUACAACCCCAACAUCCAGCAACGAACACCAAGAGAUCUACGCCAAGUGUUGCAACCUCACACCAAGGAACCGCUAGACGGGAACCUCAUGGACUUCCUACAUGGGCUGCUACAGCUGAAUCCGGACAUGAGGUUGAGCGCUAAGCAAGCUUUGCAUCAUCCUUGGUUCGCAGAGUACUACCACCACACCCCAUAA